UGGUAUUGGUCAUUACCGCCAGGCAGUCCUUUAAUAUUUACCCGGUAAUAAUAGCAGACCUUCAGUUGUCAAUAAUUCAUUCUGUCUGUAAUUAAGCCCUCUCUCUCUCUCUCUCUCUCUCUCUCUCUCUCUCUCUCUCUCUCUCUCUCUCUCUCUCUCUCUCUCUCUCUCUCUCUCUCUCCCCCUCCCUCUCUCUCUCUCCCCCUCCCUCUCUCUCUCUCCCCCUCCCUCUCUCUCUCCCCCCCUUUGUUUAUUGACUCUACUUUGAGGAGAUCAUUUCUCAGGUCAUUUAUGUACCCAAUGCAAAUAUGUGGUGGUUAACUGAUGCCAAUGAUAGCCUUAUGUGUAAUUAGGAACAUAUUAGUCUGAUAAGCACUUGCAUCUACUUUUACUUGAAUCCCUGCUAAUAAAUCAAGUAUAGCAAUGAUAUUCAUUUCACGAUAAAUUUUAAAUCUUGUUCUGGCUUGUGCAAUGUAGAUCAAUCUGUAUUUAUUUGUAUAUAUCUAUGAAAAGGUUGGCCUGCUAUGAGAGGAGAAUCUAAAUAUAAGGGAAAGAUCACCACUUUGUCAACACUGUGUUCUUCUGAUUUGACCUUGAUGUCGAAGAAGUAGUUUAGAUACGUUUCGAUCCUUAGUUCUUGUUUUCUAUUUAAUAGAAGGUGUAUGUGCAAUAUUAUUUCCAAUGUACUGACGCAGUAAUGAAAACAAGAGAAUAUUUUUUUGCAGAAAUCUUAUUCAGACAGAUGAACAUCCACUUGAUAAUCAAAACAUAUAAUAAUGAGCCUGCUGAAUAAAAUUCACGUACGUCUCUAACUGCUAUUUGCAAAAACAAAUUACUGUUCAUAUAAUGAAAUGUUAUUUUGUUGUGCCAGUACUGUAUAACAACUACUGUCUGACAGAAUCUCUCCUCUGUCACACCGUGUGCACGCGCACACGGUGUUGACUGACGGCCCUGUUCCCACGGCGAUUGGCUGAGCCCGUUUUCUAUCCGCGCUCCCAUUGGCCGAGCCUCUCUUCAUCAGCCGUCUCCGUCCACUUUAAACCGGACUGCUCAUUGUAAGAAACCGUUAGAUGUGAGAAUUACCUUAACGACACGAUUUGUACCUUUAAAAUGAGUCGCGUUGACCCGUCCCGCGGAAGAAAGUAGUCCCACACGCGGAACCGCCGUCGCCCUCGAUGGCGUUAAACGGCCACCGAGGCGACAUCGAAGUCAACAACGACGAGGACGAAACGCCCACGAAGCCACUGCGCUCUGCGAAGGAGGAGAUGACGCCCGACGACCCUGCGGACGAGCCGGCCGGCGGGACCGCGACAACCGGGGGACCAGGCGCCUCUGCCCGGGGAGCGUCCCUCCAUCGUCCGGGGACGACCAGGAGCGACUCGCUGAGGAGGAGCCGACCACCUUUCCCCUGGUUCGGCAUGGACAUCGGCGGCACUCUGGUGAAGCUGGUCUACUUCGAGCCGAAGGACAUCACGGCGGAGGAGGAGCAGGAGGAGGUGGAGAACCUCAAAAGCAUCCGCCGAUACCUGACAUCCAACACGGCGUACGGGCAGACGGGGAUCCGCGACGUGUACCUGGAGCUCAAGGACCUGUCCCUGUGCGGCCGGACGGGGAACCUGCACUUCAUCCGCUUCCCGACCUACGACCUUCCCGCCUUCCUGCAGAUGGUCCGCAACAAACACUUCUCCAGCCUGCACACCACGCUGUGCGCCACGGGGGGCGGCGCGUACAAGUUCGAGACCGACUUCCGAACGAUGGCAGACCUGCAGCUGCAGAAGCUGGACGAGCUGGACUGCCUGAUCCGGGGGGUCCUCUUCACCGAGUCGGUGGUGGUCAGCGACCCGUCGGAGUGCUACUACUUCGAGAACCCCAGCGACCCCGAGCGCUGCGAGCAGAAGCCCUACGGGCUUCAGGACCCCUACCCCCUGCUGCUGGUCAACAUCGGGUCGGGGGUCAGCAUCAUGGCGGUGUACUCGGAGACAGACUACAAGAGGGUCACCGGGACCAGCCUCGGUGGGGGGACCUUCCUGGGUCUGUGCUGCCUGCUGACCGGCUGCUCCACCUUCGAGGAGGCCCUGGAGAUGGCGUCAGAGGGGGAGAGCACGCGCGUGGACAAGCUGGUGAAGGACAUCUACGGCGGGGACUACGAGCGCUUCGGCCUCCCCGGCUGGGCCGUGGCCUCCAGCUUUGGCAACAUGCUGACGUCGGAGAAGCGGGAGGGCGUGUCCAAGGCGGACCUGGCACGCGCCACGCUGGUCACCAUCACCAACAACAUCGGCUCCAUCACCCGCAUGUGUGCCCUCAACGAGAACAUCAACAAGGUGGUGUUUGUGGGGAACUUCCUGCGGGUGAACACCUUGUCCAUGAAGCUUCUGGCCUACGCCAUGGACUACUGGUCCAAAGGACAGCUCAAGGCCCUGUUCCUCAGGCACGAGGGGUACUUUGGAGCUGUGGGGGCGCUGCUGGAGCUCCUGCAUCCGUCUUAGGAGGAGAGGGAGGAAGAGGAGGAGGAGGAGGAGGAGGACCACGCGGAAGCACUUUUAACCUCCUGUACGGCUAGCCACUAGCACCUCGAGGCUAACGCGCUAACAUCUAGAGGCCGAGCUGCUCAUCUAUGGAUGAUGCUAACUUCUAGAUGCUAACAUAGAGAUGCUAGGAUGCGUACAUCUCAAGGCUAAGCUGCUAAUAUCUGGAUUCUGACUUCUGGAAGCUAAGAUGCUAGCAUCAAGAUGCUAGGAUGCUUACAUCUCGAGAGGAUAAGCUGCUAAUAUCUUGACGCUAACUUCUAGACGAUAAGAUGGUUAUAUCUAUGUGAUACGGUGCUGAUAUCCAGAUCCUACAGAUGCUAAAGUCUAGAUGUCCCAGAUGUUGUCAUGCACAAGCUUCCUGAGUCAUGUGGGCGUCGGCAUCGACGGCUACUUGUUCUUGUUCUGGAUCUUGAGUGACUGUUCUUGUGCUGUUCUUGGUGUCCGUUUGUGUGUGGGCGUGUCCCUACCGCUGUGUGAACAGUGUGUGGAUCUAGAAUGAGGUUGGGUUCAGUUGAUCCUCCUUGGGAAAUGGGGACCGAAAGCGCACCAAAUGUUAGCGAUUCUGAACGUUUCAUAUGGGCGGGGCUUGUUGCAGUAGUUGUGGUACGAGGUGUUAUAGUAAAAGUAUACUUUAGGAAUCCAAAGAAUAUGUUGACCGUUGUGACAAUCAAGAGUGGUACUGUUGUCAGUGCCACACACCUGGACCUUACGGUAACUGAACUGGUAAACUGGUAGCUGAGACAAUAUAUUAUCAACAGGGGGGGGCUGCUUCUGUCAGGGAAUGUUUGUGGAGAUUUGCUUAAAACCUCAAAUCCGUCCCAAAGUGGAGGCCUUUUGUUUCUUGCGAUUGCAGCUUGAAGUGAAUCCCAGCGCUCAACACGGAAAGAUAUGAGUGUUGCUUCUGAUUAUAUUGCAAGGCCUGUGUGUGAGUUUGUGUGUGUGUUUUCCAUGUUUGCAUUUUCAAACCAAAGAGUCAUAAAUGCACUGUUAACGAUUAUCUGCAGCUGCUGUUUUUUCUAUGAGAGUGAAAUGUAUUUUAGUAUACCAGAAGAUGUUGUUUUUCAAGCACUAGGACAAUUUGUAUGUGAUAAAAAUUAUCAUUCAGAUGAAAAACAAAGCCUCCUUAUAGAAUGAUGUCCAUAACGUUCUGGUUCAGUGUUCAGAGGAUUUAAAUCAGGCGAUUUAGGGACCAUGUUUCUCCAUCUCAUUCAUAUUCAGGUAGCAGAGACAUUUCCACUUGUUGUGGUUGAAGGACUUCUGAACCUUUAAAACUAAACGUGCCUGUAUGGUCUUUUCUGCCAUUGAUAAUGGUUAAACGUAUUCUACAUUUCUAAUCUACUCCAAAAGUUCCCCUCUGUUGGCUCCUUCAGAGGGUCAACUUGCACUAAAAUGUUCCAACGGUUUUGUACGGAAAUGUUUCAGCAAAUAAAAAAAAACCUUCAUCCAAUCUUGAUUCGUGUCGUUUGUUUUU